AUGGUUGGAAAGGCACCCAGCGAAGGCACCAAGGUCACCCUUGGCGACAAGGCACCCGUGACACAAGAAGGUGCAGGCAACGUCUCUGGCUCGCUCGCAGCCGAGUCGGCACAGAAGGGCGGCGAGUUUGCCAACAACCGCAAUAUCAACGACUCGGGAAACACCACCGGCAGCAACGCCGGCGCCAAGGUCCAGGGCACGUCGUCAACCAACACAUCCGCGUCAGGCGGUGCAGCAGCAGCAAGCACGGCGCCCACGUACGUCAACAACCAGUACACCAGUACCUCGGGCGGGCCACACGGGAAGAACAUCACCGAGGACCCGGAGAUGACGGGACGGCCGGCCAAGUUCAAUGUCGAGCCGGGCUUGAAGGAGGACCCCGGCCGGGUGGCGGAGCAGGACCUGCGUCUGAAGCAGACCCGCGGGGCGCCUGGGACCGGCGAGCGGCAGGACGGGGCUGGCAACCAGCAGCCAUACGGGGCGCUGGACAAUGAGACUGCGGCAUAA